AUGAAUCCACCAAAUCAGACGAUGGUAUCAUAUUUCAUUAUUACAGGUAUUUCAAGUGUUCCUGAACUUCAGCUUCCCAUCUUCCUUCUGGUUCUUCUUAUUUACAUCAUCAUUCUUGGAGGUAAUAUGACCAUUCUCAUGCUGUCCUGUUUGGACCGUCAACUCCACACUCCCAUGUACUUCUUUCUGGUCAACCUGUCCAUGGUGGAUAUCUCUUGUUCCACUGUUUCACUUCACAAGAUUCUUCUUAACUUCAUAAUAGGGGAUCGGUCGGUUCCUUACCUCGCUUGUAUGAUACAAAUGUACUUCUUUUCAGCUUUAACUUUUGAUGAAUUUGCAAUACUAGCAGUGAUGAGUUAUGAUCGAUAUGUAGCUGUCUGUAAUCCGUUAUUAUAUCACAUAGUCAUAAAGCAGAAGGUUUGUAUAUGGUUGGCUGUAGCCUCCUGGAUUUCUGGUUUCAUCAUAGUCCUUCCACCUAACAUUUUGGUUUCAAACUUUGCUUGUUAUAAGUCUCACGAUAUCAACCACUUCUUCUGUGACAUUGUCCCUCUCAUGGAAAUCACUUGCGAUGACAUUGCCCUUUUACAGAUAGUCAUCUUCACGGUCGGAAUUUCUCUUUUUGCUUUUCUGCCAUUCCUUCUGACCUUCGUGCCUUACAUUUUCAUUAUCAUCGCCAUACUUAAGAUUCGCACUAGCACUGGAAGACGUAAAGCCUUCUACACAUGUUCUUCCCACCUCACUGUUGUCAUUCUUCUCUACUUGACCAUCUCGUUUCAGUAUUUUACACCAAAAUCCAAAAGAACGACAGAAUCCAGUAAAUUGUUUUCUUUGUUUAAUACUGUCUUUCUCCCCAUAGUAAAUCCAUUGAUCUACAGCUUAAAAAAUAAAGAUAUGACAUCAGCGAUAAAGAGAAGGCUCAAAUUAUGUAAAUUGAUCGCAUGA